GUCACGCAUGUUAAGUGGAAGGCGGCUGUCUGUCUUUACACACUUCAUCACAGGUUUUCUGACUACAAACAACACUGCAGAUCCAGGAUGUUUGUCCUCCUUCAACAACAGCACACAGUGGCUGACCGACAACUUGGGUCCAUUCUCAGAGUUUGUGUCCAUCAGUGAGCUGAUCCGACUCAACCCACGCUUCAAACCGCUGGAGGCCUUACAGCUCCUCACUCCAGAUCAGAAAGUGGACCUGCUGAGACUGACGCUUCCUGAAAACAAAGACGUUGUCAUCAAUACUCUCUUUGAUUACAUGACCAAAGCACCGGAGAGAGAUUUCUCAGAGUUCCUGUCAUCCCUCGUGAGAUUCACCGAGAUGGGAAAACUUUUGCUUUCCUGCUCAUCCUACAAAACACUGUUCACCAGACUGGACGACGCCAUGGCAACAACUACUUCUGACGUAGCUUCAGCCAUCACAUACACUAAACUGGCUUUAUUAAAACAACUACCAUCUGACUGCAUCAUAUACAGUGGGCAGUGCAAUGCACCAAUGGCAAAUGAGACAGACAUAUGCAGGGGAGUCAACAGCACAGAGCUUCAGAUCCUCCUAGACAGAUCAACGAUGGCCGGACGGCACUGCAGCUUCUCUGUGGAGGAAUUUGCCUGUGCCUCUCUGUCAGGUUUAACAGCUGGGGAUCUGGCAGCCAUGUUGGGCUGUGAUAGGCUCUCCAACUCAAGCGGCUCCAAACCUGCCUGGAAGCUGCUGCUAUCCAAAGCCUCCAAGGUCCUGGAUCAAGCUCUGGAUCUGCUGAGCAACAGCACGCUCCGUCCUGAACAUCCUUCUGCCUCCAUGAUCCUGGACUCCAUACGAGAACUCCGGCUGCAUGUCGUCAACAAAACCCUCCUCAACAAUCCCGCCUUCGUCCAGCUGUGGUUCGGCCGCCGCCUUCGUCCGUUCCUGCCAGCUGUUUCCAACGACUUCCUCUCAUGUCUCGCCAUCGAAUCACUGGACUGCAGCACCUACCAGUACAUCGUGAAGACAUUUAGCGAAGUUCAGUCACGCAUGUUAAGUGGAAGGCGGCUGUCUGUCUUUACACACUUCAUCACAGGUUUUCUGACUACAAACAACACUGCAGAUCCAGGAUGUUUGUCCUCCUUCAACAACAGCACACAGUGGCUGACCGACAACUUGGGUCCAUUCUCAGAGUUUGUGUCCAUCAGUGAGCUGAUCCGACUCAACCCACGCUUCAAACCGCUGGAGGCCUUACAGCUCCUCACUCCAGAUCAGAAAGUGGACCUGCUGAGACUGACGCUUCCUGAAAACAAAGACGUUGUCAUCAAUACUCUCUUUGAUUACAUGACCAAAGCACUGGAGAGAGGUUUCUCAGAGUUCCUGUCAUCCCUCGUGAGAUUCACCGAGAUGGGAAAACUUUUGCUUUCCUGCUCAUCCUACAAAACACUGUUCACCAGACUGGACGACGCCAUGGCAACAGCCACUUCUGACGUAGCUUCAGCCAUCACAUACACUAAACUGGCUUUAUUAAAACAACUACCAUCUGACUGCAUCAUAUACAGUGGGCAGUGCAAUGCAACAAUGGCAAAUGAGACAGACAUAUGCAGGGGAGUCAACAGCACAGAGCUUCAGAUCCUCCUAGACAGAUCAACGAUGGCCGGACGGCACUGCAGCUUCUCUGUGGAGGAAUUUGCCUGUGCCUCUCUGUCAGGUUUAACAGCUGGGGAUCUGGCAGCCAUGUUGGGCUGUGAUAGGCUCUCCAACUCAAGCGGCUCCAAACCUGCCUGGAAGCUGCUGCUAUCCAAAGCCUCCAAGGUCCUGGAUCAAGCUCUGGAUCUGCUGAGCAACAGCACGCUCCGUCCUGAACAUCCUUCUGCCUCCAUGAUCCUGGACUCCAUACGAGAACUCCGGCUGCAUGUCGUCAACAAAACCCUCCUCAACAAUCCCGCCUUCGUCCAGCUGUGGUUCGGCCGCCGCCUUCGUCCGUUCCUGCCAGCUGUUUCCAACGACUUCCUCUCAUGUCUCGCCAUCGAAUCACUGGACUGCAGCACCUACCAGUACAUCGUGAAGACAUUUAGCGAAGUUCAGUCACGCAUGUUAAGUGGAAGGCGGCUGUCUGUCUUUACACACUUCAUCACAGGCUUCCUGACUACAAACAACACUGCAGAUCCGGCCUGCAGCUCCAACACAGUCAGCAGCAGCGACUGGAUGCAGAAGAACCUGGGAGGCUUUUCUGUUUUCGUCUCCAUCCAGGAACUUCAGAAGCUCUACCCCAACUUUUCACCUAUGGAAGCCCUGCCCUCUCUGUCUGUCGGACAGCUGGUGGACUUGUCCACCACACCUGGGCUGCUCACGACUCCUGACCAGGUUGCCAUGGUGAUGAAAUACGUCCCAGACCAAAUGUUGGCCGUCUUCUUUGAUGAGUUCUCAGUCGCCAUUAAGGGCAAUGAACACACGAUGUCCUCUGCAGUGAGGUCUGCCAUGCUGGAGGUCGUGUUCAACCGUGCAAACCUGUCCCAUCCCUCAGUGGAGGACUCGGUGGUAUCUGAGUGGCUCAAUAAUCGACUUCCUCCCCUGGUCGUAAGCCUGAUCCCCUCCCAAGUCAACCCAUAUUUCCAGAUACUAGUGGGAAGAAACUGUAGCAUUGAGCAGCAGGGUGUAACACUUCUUAAUUCAACAAUCCUAACACUCACUCCAGACUCCCAGAAAGAAAUCUACAACCACAUCGUUCUGGCACUGAAAGCCCCUUCAGCACUCCGUUGCUACGGUAUCGGCAGCUUCUACAGAUUCGUGGAGGACUCGUUCUUGGGAUUCCAGUUCCCCAACCUGACCACCUUCCUGUCCCUCAUGCCUCGUGACCAAAAGCAUCUGCUGGUGAACUCCAUGCCUCCGUCAGAUCUGGGGAACCUGCUGCGUCGGCCAGGCGUCGUCGACAACGGAGCGCAGCUCUGUGAUCUCUACAGCAGCUAUGUCCAGACACCAGUGUUUUUGGAAACUGAGUCCCUGCCGGUAGACGUCAGGCGUCCCACCCUGCCCUGCGUUUGGCCCAUGGCCCUCAGCAGCACCAGGAGGUCAGAGGUCAACGCUUGGUUUGACCGAAGCCUCCAGAACUACUUGGUCUUCCUCUCAAAGAGUCUGAUCAGUCCAGAUGUUACACACAACACCUCGUGUCUGGCCUUCCAGAAACUUGUCUCGGUUCUUGGUCAAUACAACUACACCGCGGUGGACUUUGUGCGGGAAGACGUGUUCAACACCAUCAGGAAUUACCUCCAAUCAGCAACACCAAGAUGUUACGAUCCUACCAACCCGGAGCUGAACUCCACAGCUUGGUUUGCUGAGUACAUCGGCCCUUUCAUGCCAUUCCUCACUCUUGAGGUUCUUCAGACAUUCGGAUCAGAUAAGACCCUCCAGGUGUUCACGGUGAACCCCCUGAACAUUGCACUCCUCAACCACUCGGUUUUGCCUCAGAACCUCACCAACUACUACACUGCGCUGAUCUACCAACAAGACAGUAACUUCAACCCCCUUCUGCUUCCUCUGUUGUGCCGGUGCAUUGCUCCUGGCAUGGCAUUCACCCAGCUGACUCCUGGAGAAAGUAUGAUAAUGUUGCAGAGCCUCACCAUUGUCUGCCAAAAUCUUAAUUCACAGAUUUCUGCUGCUCUGACGAACAACUUUGGCAAUAACAUCAACUCCAACACCAUCUCUGCUCUGGGCAAUGAAAGCACCAGCAUGUCCAUGGGGCAGAUCAAGGCCAUCCCUCCACAGCAGCUAGUCAACGCCCUGUUCACACUCAGCAACGUGAUUGACUGGAACGAAGGACAGGCUAAGAGCAUCAUAGAGUCUCUGAUGACAGUGAUGCAGAUCAACGACUCUUCGUCACUUUUUACGCUGGGUACUCUCGUCAUUGGUGUCCCCUCCAGAGUUUUCAGGAAAAUCCACGGCUCUGAGAUUUUGGUCGCCUCCAGAAACCCCUCGCUUGUGGGACACAUGAUGUCCGCUCCAAAGGUCGUCCAGCAGAUUUUUGUCACCCAGAUUUUGUCGGUGAACAGCACCAGUGAGGCGAUCAUCCAGAACGUUCCAGACGAAAUGGCCACUGAGAUCCCUCGGGUUUUCCUGCAGAGCUUUACAGCCGGCAGCAUCACAAAACUCAACAAGAUGAAAUGGAAACGCCAGCAGGCUGAGCUGUUCUUUGGCGAAAUCGCAGUGGAAAGCGCCACGGCUGUCCUGGGAAGUGCGAACAACCUGUCCUCCUCUGUGCUGCAAGGAUUCACCUGCACAAGUGUGAGAACGAUUGAGAAGGUGCAGGUCAAAAAUCUGGUCAAAGCCUGUCGGCGCAAAGGCACAAACAAAGUCAAACUGGUGGAGUCUCAGUUGACCUGCAUGUUCAACCGCAUCAGAGGAGAACCAGACAUCAACAGCUUUGAUCUUUUCCCUCCAGAUGUGCUGCUGUACUACGACUACUCUCUGGUGCCGCAGAGCAACUGCAGGCUCUACUUUGAACAGCUCAGCGACGCCGACUUCUCGGUGUUCUCCUCAGAACUCAGCUACAAGCGGACCGCUCUGUUCGAUAACGCCAGGAACUGCCUGGGCAUAACAACCACAAACCUGACUAGAGCUCAAAUAACAGUUCUGGGAAACAUGUGCUGCUACUUGAACGCUUCUUACAUCCUGAACUCUGAUGAAUUCAUCCUGGAGAAACUGAAGACCUGCCCGGAUCUGUCGGCCGCUCAGGCGGCCGCAGUGGAGACCCGUCUGAUCAGUGGGACCACUAGAUAUCGACUUGCUUCGACAUGGACUGAAACAACUCUGAGGAACCUCGAUAUAUUUCCUCUGUAUAUGUCUUCAGGUUUCUAUGCCAACUUUGACAAAACCACGAAGCGCUCAUUCUUACGGUACUACCUGAAAGUCCUCAAAACUGAUGGAGUCAGCAGAGAGAAGAUAGGGGAAAUGAAAGCAAAAAUAAGACAAUCAAUUAGAAGCAGAGCUAAGCGACAGACAGUCACUGAAUGCACAGCAGGAGAAAUCACCAAGGUCAUCAUCUACGAUGACACCUUCCCCUUCGACUACGACGACAUCAAUCAGUUCAACAGCUGCCUCAGUGCUGUGGUCGUCAGGGACAACCUGGAGGUCAUCACCCAGAAGGUGGAUCAACAGGAUUACCUUAAGAUUGUUCUCAGCAAGCUGCAGGAGGCAUACAGCACCAUCAUCCCUGAAGACCAGGUCCAGAUGUUGGGCCCGGCGUCGCGCGUUGCCUCGGCAGAUCAGGUCAAUAGAUGGAACAUCACUCAGGUGGACACGCUCGCAUCUCUGAUGGACACAACAAACGGAACGCUGGAUCCAAGCUUGGCCAGAGCCAUCAUUUCCAAGUAUCUGAGCGUGGAAGGCAACAAACUUGACAGCGUGGAGCUUAAUGCUAUCAGAGGACCAAACCUGUGCUCUCUGGACAUUGAGGUUCUUGGCAACAUCUCUCAGCAGAGCUUGAGAAAUGCCGAUGCUUUGGACGUGUCCAACUGCACCAGUGACAAACUCAAAGUGCUCUUCAACAUCACCCUUCAAGCGUUUCAAACUACCACUAGAUCAAGCGUCCCACUGUACCCGUUAAUACAGCCGUACCUGGGGGGCGCAUCUUCUGAGUUUGUUAAACGUUUGUCCGCCUCCAACAUCAACAUGGACCUGCAGACAUUUGUGAACCUGGACAAGAGCGUGGUACAGAGUCUGCUUGUCCGCGAAGUUGCAACUCUUCUUGGUGACAACCUGCCUGACUUAAAAAGCUUCGAAAAUACACCGAUAGUUCGCAGCUGGAUCUCAAGCCAGCUCCAAUCAGAACUCAACACACUAAAUAUUGGGAUUACAGGAGGCCGAGCUGACAGCUCCGUCACUACCAGCUCGACUGCUACCACUAAAAUCACAACUACAGCAGUCACAACUGCCAAAACCACCAAAGGUGCCGGGGCCCGGAUCCAUGGAGACGUCGCCGGCUUCACCUUCUUUGUUUUCCUUGCGCUCCUCGUCUCGUCCAAUCAGGUUUUGAUCUGAAGAAACGCGUGGCUGAUUAUCAAACAUGCACUGUAGACUAAAAUUAAUGGUUGGAUUAAAGGGUGAAAUCAUUUUUAGAUAUAUGUCUAAUUGAAAACAAAUACUGUUUAAUGUUGUUUAUAGAGAACAAAAAUAUUUCCUGAACAGAAAUGGGUGCAAAUAUUGUGACUGUGAUUACUUAAUUGUUUACUUAAAAACCUUUUAUGUCUUACCUAUAAUACAAAAUGUACUUCUUAUACUACAAUUUGCUGUAGGUAUUUAUGAAGGGGGAGAUAUUCUGUAUUUUUAACCUCCAUAGUUGACUUCUGAUACCUCGUAUGAAGGAUGCUUCUGUUAGAACUUAAAAUAAAAUCCUUUCCUUGAAUAAACUCUCCACUUUACUCAU